GCGGAUCGAGUGGUGCCCGCGACCAGGGGCCAGAGCCUGAGCCCGGGGGUGCAGCUGGGUUCUCCCAGCCCAGCCAGCUCCCGGGGAGGUCUCAGUUUGUGUCAUCAGAAGAGAAGGGAUUUCUGAGAGGAUGGAGCCCCCGUCCAGCUCAAGGUCUCAGAGGUUCCACCACCCAGGACCACAACUGAGCUGUGACCUCAGAGAGAAGUUGCAGUAUUCACGGCAACUAGAUCUUCCUGCACCUUAUUUGUUUGUUCCUUAUGAUAAGGAGAAUGAAGGCGACCAGGAUAUAGUGGCCUCGCUCUGUAGGUUUGGCUUUAUGAUGCCAGUGACGUUUGAGGAGGUGGCCGUGUCCUUCUCUGAAGAUGAAUGGGCUCUUUUGGAUGAAAAGCAGAAGGAGCUCUACAGAGAUGUCAUGCAGGAGACUUACGAGACUCUCAUCUCGUUGGGAUUUCCGAUCGCUAAACCAGAUGCGCUGUCCCAGAUGGAGCGAGGGGAAGAGCCGUGGUUCCCAGAUCUCCAGCACGCUGAGGAAAGGGAGAAUGCAGGAGGCACUAGCACUGCAGGUGCUGGGACAGUGAGUGAGAAGGAGGGAACAGCCCAGAAAGUAUCUACAGGAGCAGAACCACAAAGGAUGUUCUCCGGGAGACACUGUUGCCUUGAGUGGGGAGAUGCCAGUGAGCGUCAGGGCAGGACAGAGAGGCUCUGGGAAGACCCUCCAGGCAGGAGUAAAUCCCCUCAUAGCAAAAGAAGUUUAGAGAAAUCCAAAGACACCAGCACCCACCAGACAGCCUGCACGGGGGAGAGCCGAAACACGGGUACUGAACCUGGGGAAAGUUUCAGUAAAUGCUCGCUCCUCGUUAAGCAUUGUCAGCAAGCUUGUGCAGGAAAGGGUGCCUACAAGUGUAAUGAAUGUGGCCAAAGCUUUUCUCAACAACAGUGCCUUCAGAGACAUCUGAGAAGUCACACAGGGGAGAGACCCUAUAAAUGUAAUGAAUGCGGGAAAAGCUUCAGACACAAGACAAGCCUCGUUCUUCAUCGUUACACAGUCCACAAGUCAGAGAGACCCCAUAAGUGUCCAGUGUGCGGCCAGCAAUUUAUCCUGAGAAAGAGACUUAUUGAGCAUCAGAGAAUCCACAACCAAGAGAUGCAUAGAGGGUUUAACAGUGGGAUUGUGAGUGAGAACAAGGAUGAGCAUCCCCAGCAGAAAAAGCCAGUGGGAGCGGAGCCUCAUGAGGCAUCUCAGAGAUGUGAACGGGCAGAUGCUGGUAAGAGUCGGGGAAGGAGAGGACAGCUGCGAGCUUACCCGGCAGUGGGAAAAGACUGUGAAUCUGUAUGCGAAGGAAGUUCUAAGAAAUUGAACCGUACCAUCGCCUACCAGGGAACCAAGGUGGGAGCACAAGUGAACACACAAAGUAAAAGUAAGAGAAGAUUUAGCAGCAGCUCAGCCCUUGACCUGCAUCAGAAAACCCACCCGCAUGAGAAACGUUACAGCUGUGCCGAGUGUGGGAAAAGCUACCGCCAGAACCAACACCUCCGAAGGCAUCAAAAAAGCCACACGGGAGAGAAACCUUAUGUGUGUGCUGACUGUGGGAAUAGCUUUGUACAGAAGUCGACACUCAGUAAACACCUACGGACGCACAAAGAGGAGAAACCCUAUAGCUGCGCUGACUGUGGGAGAAGCUUCAGAGAGAGCUCGUACCUUGCUCUGCAUAAGAGAAUCCACACAGAAGAGAAACCCUAUCAGUGUCCUGACUGUGACAAAAGCUUCAGGCGGAAAGGGGACCUUUCCACUCACCGUAAAACCCACACGGGGGAAAAACCUCAUAAAUGCACUGAAUGCGGGCAAGGCUUCAGGCGGAAAUCUACUCUGACUAAGCACCUGAGGACCCAUACUGGGGAGCGGCCCUAUAAAUGUCCUCACUGUGAGAAAAGCUUUCGUCAGAAGUUCUCCCUUUCCCAGCAUCAGUUAACGCACCAGGAAGUGCGGCCUCACACGUGUACGGAAUGUGGGAAAGGCUUCAAUCAAAAAUCAAACCUUGUUCAACACUUGGCAAAACUGCACUUGAAAAAGCAAAGCUGAAGAGAGGAACUGGUCUUUCAAUGGGUUUUGGGGAUGGUUAGUGGGAAUUUCAAGGCAGUAGAGUUGUACUUUGGAGUUGAUCAGUGGCAUGCCAUCUAUGGAUGCAAUGCAUAGAUUGCAUUCCCGUGUGAGCCCUGAAUAUGAC